AUGUACUCACAGAAUGGACGCGAACUCGCCGUACCUCUUCGCUUCCCCUUCAACAUCUUCCCCUCUACAAUGUCGAACGUCUCCGCUAUCCACUACUCCAAGCAGUGCACCUUUGUCGUCGAGGUCGAGGCCAGGGAUCCGGUAGAGGACGCUAUCGAGCGGAUCCUAGCCUCGCCAGAAUUCUCCCAGGGCAUUGCAUCGGACACCCGAGACCUGUCUCAAACCGCAAAAUACAUCAGGGAGGGCUUCCGUAUGGUAGCUAGCGCCUUGAUUACCUUUGACUCCGAACAAUAUCGUGAUCGGGAUGGUGAAGUGCUUCAGCUUCGGCCUCAAUGGCUUGUGUACCAAGCGGAUGCUGAUACUUCUGGGCGCUCUGAGGCGUUUGAUGAGAUAUUAGAGAAGAGUCACUGCAAUGCUCUUGCAGCGUCGUCGAUGAUCAGGCAAUACACACAAACUAUUCUCACGGAUGUGGAUCCCAGUGAGCUUGAAGAUUUGCGAGACGAGCUUCAAGGGUUCCUAAAGAAACUUGACGAGAAGGCACCGACAGCUCGACGGACCCAAGGAGACCUGCAGAAGCUCGCGGAUGACGUGCGAUCCUUCAAGGCUGUGAUCGACGAGACACUUGCCAAGGCGGAAGGCAAGUGCGUCAGCGACAUCGACGGGGCCAAGGAUCACCUACAAAAGCUGCACAAGAAGCUCGAGUCGAUAAACGACGACAAAGCGACUCUGGGCGUUCUAGCCGUGGGCGGCCUCCUAGCUGGUGGGACCUGCGCCAUCGCUGCGAUGUUUCUGCUGGCGCCCAGUGCCAGUGAAAGCAUAAUGGCCAUGAUCAAGGAAGCUGGCGCCUUCGGUUUGGCGUAUUGUGGAAUAGAAGGCUGGAACCUACAUAAACAGGGUAGCCAAUGCGUCAUUGAGAUGAAGGACUCCCAAGUUGAUGUUGUCCAGAAGACGGACCGUCAUUGCGAGCUUCUCGGCCAUCAGGCCGCGCUAUCCCAAACUAAGCAGAAGAUCACGGCUCUCGCUGAGAGAGUCGACACCAUCAUCUCCAUCUGGAGAGUGCUCAAGUGCGACAUGCAGCAACUCCAAGAGCAGCUUACGCUUGUGGUAGAUCCCGAUAUGAAAGUCACCAAGCGCUUUGUGAAGAAGCUAAGCCGUCCGCGCGAGGUGUACAACCGGCUCGCGGAUCUCUUAGAGCUUCCUUUAUUCAUAGUUGCAGUAUUCCUCGUGUCUUUUUGUGAGAUUCCUAAAGUUGGAGGGUUUGAGAGCGACGCGUAA